AUGGCUUUGGGCCAAAAGGUAUUGAAGUCUGCACUUGAAGGUGUGGACUUUUAUUGUCGUAAGAGUGACACUAAAACAUUAAAGAAACUUGCAUUUUUCACCGGUUCUAAGGUUGGAACUACUAAAGCUUCUCUUAGGACCAGUAUAACGAUGCAAUGCGCACUACUUCAGCAACUUUCGGACGUCAGGAAAAAGAAUGGACGACUGGAAGUCACGGCGGUAGACAUGGGAGUAGAAAACUUUGCCUACAGCAGGUUGUCGUGGAAGAUUUCUCAACCGGUACCCGAAAUUAUCGACUGGAACAAGAUACAACUGCAAAACUCGACAAUUGGAAUUGUCCCAACAUCGGUUUCUUUUUCUCCAAAGUACAUGGCCCGCGCUGCCCAGACGCUUACAGAUAUUCUCACGAAAAGACCACCGGACUUGUUCGUAAUUGAAAAGCAACGGGCGAGAACGAUGGGCUCUGCAAAUAUCCCCGAUUCAAUUCUUAGGGUUAACGCACUGGAGCACGUUCUCUACACAAGUUUGCUAGCCAAGCGUUAUUACAAAGAGCUGAAGUAUCUUCUAGAGGCUUCAGAUCCGCGAAGAAUGACUGAUUUUUGGUGCCAAUUGAUUCCGGUAAGAAGGCUGUUAGCUGCUACAUAUGGAACUGACUCCCCAAAAUUAGAGUCAAAGGCAAACAGUUCGAAUCUUUCUAAACUUCUCAAAAUCGAAUUGGUAAAAUCAGUUAUAUUCGAAGACUCUGCAGAGAUGUUCACGCUCUCAACCGAUUUGCAACAAAGAGUUUCAAGCUACCAGGCUACGAAUACCAAGAAAAAAUUGAAUUUGUUCAAUGCUCUGGACCUGGGGCCGGGUGCCGGGAAGGCUAAGGAAGAUGACCUGGCGGAUUCAUUGCUUCACGGCCUGGCCUGGCUCAAAUGGUUGGGCAACUUUGAAGAACUCAGUAGCAUUAUCUUGGCAAACCCUACAGACCAAGCAGGUCUCCAUGCAUUCAACUCGUUCGUCAAGGACAAAGGUAUAGCACACGAGCACUUUUCACAAUCCUGCAUCAAUAAGCUAUGA